CGUUACGUGACACAGUUCACUCUGUGUGUCAGCAGACUGCAAAGUACCGCAAAUGUUAUUUUCACUUUGGACCGACUAUCUCUUUGAAUUACAGGUCUUGCAUACAGCCAUGCUGGACUUUUAAGUGUUGCUUCCAGGAUAACGUGCCUGAACAGCAGAGGCCAUGGGAACCAGGAGGGUUCUGGUGACGGGCUGCUCCUCUGGAAUUGGAUUAGCUGUCGCGGUGCGUCUGGCCAAGGAUGAGCUGAAGAGGUUCAAAGUUGUGGCUACCAUGAGGAACUUGGAGCGGAGGCAGGCUCUGGAGAGGGCAGCUGGGGAGACGCUGGACCGCACGCUGGAGAUCCGCCAGCUGGACGCUUGCAGUGAGGACUCCAUCAGAGAGUGUGUGAACAGCCUGCCAGACAGACGGGUGGAUGUUCUGGUGAACAACGCAGGCGUGGGCAUGAUCGGUCCGCUGGAGUGCCAGAGCGUCGGCGCCAUGCAGGAGCUCUUCGACACCAACUUCUUCGGCCUGGCGCGGCUCGUCAAGGAGGUGCUGCCGGACAUGAAGAGACGCCAGAGCGGGCACAUUCUCGUCAUGAGCAGCGUCAUGGGCAUUCAGGGCCUUCUUUUCAAUGACGUCUACUCCGCCUCAAAGUUCGCUGUAGAGGGAUUCUGUGAGAGCCUGGCUGUGCAAGCUAUGAAGUUUAACAUAAAGAUGACGUUAGUGGAGCCAGGUCCAGUGGUGACUGAGUUUGAGAGGAAGGUGUACGAGGACGCUGCGGACAUGGACCUGUCCGGGACGGACGAGGAGACGGCCAAGAUCUUCAGACAGAUUUACCUGCCAUACUCACGCAAGGUGUUCACCUCGCUCGGACAGACUCCAGAGGAAGUGGCUGAGCAAACCUUUGAGCUGAUAGUGUCCAGAGACCCUCCCUUCCGCCACCAGACCAACCGGUUGUACAAGCCCCUGACAGCCAUGAAGCACGCCGACCCCACUGGCAGGCUGCCCAUCGACACUUUCUACAAGAUGAUCUUCAAGCACGACCGCGUGUUCAACGCAAGCCUGAGCCUGAUGAGGAUGAUGACGAAGAAGACGGGGAAGAGUGGAGGAUGAAGAGGCAUGACACGGGACGACAGCAAGACGUCCGAUCUGAAAAGAGGAAUUAGCCUGGAGCCUGUGUGAACACAGUAACCCCUGUGCUCCUCAUGUCUCUUCAAGUAGAGUUUGUCUGUAGGUAGAUUUUACCCCAACAUACGUAUGACACUAAUCACUGAUUGGUCAGCCUACUCAAAACUGUGAUUGUUACUGACGGGUUCAUUGAAGUGGGAUUGUCAAUGAUGGAAUGCGGUCACAGUUGACGGACUGACAACAUUACAGAUUCAUGGGUGAUUGUUUUCAGUUGUAUUUAUUGUUGCUGAAUCUGACCAAGCUGCCUGAUGAAGUGGAGUUUAUUAUAGUAAUUCUUUACUGAGCAUGACUUAAUUUCCAAUCAUGUAAAGCUAGUAGAGGUCAACAAAAUAACCUGACAGCACUUGAUAGCAGGCUCAGGAUGUUGUUCAAGAUUUUAAGAAUGUAGCUAUUUCAUGAAGCUAUUUCAGUUUUGAUGAUUAAUUUUAACCUCAUUAGACUUGAGCCUGAACUGAUCAUUAAUCAAGCAAGGUUAAAGUUAAGACAUGUUGAUAAAAUAAAAUGCAAAAUCAAGAGAAACUUUGAUGUCUGGGUCCUUGGUCCGCAAGGCUAUCUAUACCAAGGCAUUUGCCCUGGAGAUGCACACGGUAGCUCCUUGCGGUCAUCAUCAAGACUCAACUUCUAUUUAGUUAUGAAACUCUGAGAUGUACUGAUAAGAUCACAGAUUUCUGCCUAAAUAUGUAGACAGAUUUAUACUACUUAUCUCCAUGUUUCCAAAUAUUUAGUAAGUCAAAUAUGAGGAAAGUAGUUGUCCAAACAGUUUUAAAAUGUUUUGUCAAACGAGGCUUAAGAUAAAAAUAAAAAAAAGACACAACUCAA